CUGGGUAGAGGAGCCAGGAUUUCUAUCCCUAGCCCUCUCCAUCAAAACAAUCUGAUCUGGACCUCGGAACAGGACCUCACGUGUAGGGCAGGCCUUCGCAUGCAUGGCCAAGCAUGUGUGCUUCCCCUGUUUGCCCAGCAGCCUCUUGAUGGGCCUGUGCCCUCCUGCUGCCACCUGUUCACCCCAGGCCCAUUCCAAGGUGGGGGAGGGGCAGACGGGCUAUAAGGCAGAGAGAGGCUGUGAUAGUCCCCCUUCCCCCCUGACUACUCUUCUUCCCUUCUCCUCUUUUGACACUGGAGAAAGAGGAAGGGGAGAGGGGCCUGACUCACAAAGGAACUGAGAGAGCAACUUGGGGCAGGUGGGGGUGGGGCAAGCCUGCUCUUCACAAAAGGCUCUCUGAGGACAGGAGAGAGUAAGGGUCUAGAUCUUAAUCAAAGCAUUCCUGAAAUGUAUUUAGAGAGUGUCUUGAUUUGGGAGAAAAUCUCAGGAAUGGGACCGGGAAUGGGACCAGGAAUGGGACAAGUGAACCCUAAAGCUGGGGAGGGAUGGGGGUGGGGAGAAUAUCAAUGCUAGAAAAGGCUGGGAGAUCACAAGAAUUUGGAAGUGAAAAAGAAUCAAGCUUAUGGAAGCUAAUGGGAGCCUCUGCCUAGGAGCGGAUGCAGAGAACCUCCUGCCCCCACCUCCACCCCCACCCCCUGGAGAAAGGGAUCUUUAGGGCCUGGGGCCAAGUCUCUCUGAGAGGAAGAUUGUGUACGGCUGGGCUGUUGUCUUCUCGUCCUUCCUCAGUCCUUCCUCGGCCUCCUUCUGCCCUUUCUCCCCUCCCCUAUCUAUCCCUCCCUCUGUUGUCCUCUUCUCUGUUUUGUUUCCCUCCCCACCUCCUCCCCCCAGUCUGCUGUCUCUCCUGGUCUCUCUCUCUCUCUCGCUGCCCUUCCAGUCUUCUCGGCUGUCUCUUCUCUCUCUUUCCCUUCCAAUUACCCCCUCCCUUCUGCUUCCUCCCCUCCUGUUUCCCGGCUACAGACUACUCCAGAGCUGGAUAAAAAUAGCGGUGGCAGUGGCGAGGAACCAGGUACCGCCACAGCCUGAGGAGGAGGUGGGGGGCCGGGCUCAAGGCUCUGGUUCCUUUGGUGGCCGUCUUUGCUCUGCUGAGGACAGGGACCCUUUUGAAGGGGUGACCCCCGGACUGACAGAACUGGAAGCCACGUGGCCCCAGGCACAGCACUGCCAUGACGACCGGUCACAAGCCACAGGACAGGUACAGAGCUGUAUGGCUCAUCUUCUUCAUGCUGGGGCUGGGCACCCUGCUGCCAUGGAAUUUCUUUAUGACUGCAACCAUGUACUUCAAAAGCCGCCUGGGCUCGCCCCAGAAUAACACAAGCGCCAUGAUGGAGGAAGACAGAAUCGCCAGCACGUCAUUACCCCCACUGAAGCCCAAUUUCCUGGACUCCAUUUUCAACAAUGUCAUGACGAUAUGUGCCAUGCUGCCCCUACUGGUCUUUACCUGUCUCAACUCUUUCCUGCAUCAGAAAAUCCCUCAAGCCCUGAGGAUCUUGGGCAGUCUGGUGGCCAUCUUGUUGAUGUUUGCUGUGACAGCCACCCUGGUGAAAGUGGAUCUUGAUCCCAUGACCUUCUUCAUUCUCACCAUGGUCAAGAUUGUUAUCAUCAACUCAUUUGGCGCCAUUCUCCAGGGCAGCUUAUUUGGUCUGGCUGGCCUCCUGCCUGCCAGCUAUACAGUUCCCAUCAUGAGCGGCCAGGGCCUGGCUGGAACCUUCGCUGCGAUAGCCAUGAUCUGUGCCAUUGCCAGUGGCUCAAAGCUGGAACACAGUGCUUUUGGAUACUUUAUCACUGCCUGUGGGGUCAUUGUCCUUUCUAUCUUAUGCUACUUGGUCCUGCCUAGACUGAAAUUCUACCAGUAUUACCAGCAAGUGAAGGUGGAGGCUCUUGGGGAGCGGGAAACUAAAAUGGAUUUGAUUCGAAGAGGAAUUUUGCCGAGGUCCUGCAAGUUUGACACCUCUGCACUAAGCCACACUUCCUCUUGGCUAGUGUUACUGUCUUCGAUUUACUUCUGGGGGGAAACAGAAGCCCAGAAAGGAGAAGGGAAUUGCCCAAGUUCACAAAAGCAAGGAACACAAGAACUAGAAGGGACCUCAGUUGGCGGAGUGAACUCUACCAAGAGUAGAGAAGAAGGAGGGAUGCCAAAGCCCGGCACACAGACCUCCCCCUAUGAGAAGCCUUCUAUUGUAUCUAUCCUCAAACAGAUCUGGGUUCUGGCAUUGUCUGUCUGCUUUGUCUUCACCGUCACCAUCGGCGUGUUCCCUUCUGUGACCGCUGAGGUCCAGUCCACCAUUGCAGGGACCAGUGACUGGAAAAAGUAUUUCAUUCCUGUCUCCUGCUUCUUCACUUUCAAUGUCUUUGACUGGGCGGGCAGAAGCCUCACUACUUUGUACAUGUGGCCCAAAAAGGACAGCCAAUGGCAACUUCCUGCUCUGGUGCUGUCGAGGAUCCUGUUUGUGCCGUUAUUUAUGCUGUGCAAUGUUCAUCCAAGGAAUAACCUGCCUGUGAUCUUCCACCAUGAUGCCUGGUUCAUCAUCUUCAUGAUAUUCUUUGCCUUCUCUAAUGGCUACCUCGCCAGCCUCUGCAUGUGCUUUGGCCCCAAGAAAGUGAAACCUUCAGAGGCCGAGACUGCGGGUACAAUCAUGGCCUUCUUCCUCUCCCUGGGCCUGGCCCUGGGCGCCUUAUUAUCCUUCCUGCUCCGGGCUAUAGUGUGACCAUCCUCCCUGCCCUGCCUCAUCAUCUACUUCUGACCUCUCUUUUCUCACCACCUGUGCUGGUGACAGAGGAGCAGAACAACCCCUUCUUUGGACACAGGGAGCCAAAGAGCUAGAGCUCUCCUAUCCUGGAGAAGGGGUCCCAAAGGACAGCACAGAGAGGUCAGUAGCUUCCUGCAGUAUUUGACUGACUGACCGAUGGAACCCAUCUAUGGGUAAAACAGUGUUUAUUCUCUUCCCCCCACCCCCAGCUGUGUGUGUCUGUCCAUCCCCACGUCCAUCCCUCUGUCUGUAUCUGGUGUCAGGGGCCAGGUGGAUGAGAUGAAGCAUUGUUUUAGGGCCAUAUUUUUUCUGGCUGUGUUUUUCCAUCCAUCCAACCCCAGCGCUCUCCCCAUCCCCAGCCGUUACAUGUAAUAUGUCAUGUACAGUGCCAUUUAUUGCCUUUUUUAUACUCAAGACAGAAACCAGGUGCUGCUUGAAGGCAUCCAAUAAAUCAUUCAGGAUUUUUUUUCCUCA